AUGGCACCCUUCUCUUUUACCAAACUUUCACUAUUAGCUUUUGUACUUUACAUGUGGCAACAUCCCAACUAUGAUGAUUUUUCAAGACAGGGCGUAAAUGCUCCUUUACCACUGUGUAAGAGUGCUGGUAGAAAUUUAUCAAGCACGGAAACAGAAGAAGAAGCUCCAUCGAAAAAAAAUAAAUCACUUAAAACAUUAUUUGGAAAAAAGGGCAAAAAAGAAGAAGAAGUAAAGGAAGGAACUAAGAAGGGAUCUGACGCGGGCAAUGGAGCCCAGAAUACUGAGGGGGAUAAGGGGAAUUCCGAUGUGACUUCCAGUGAAGACCAGAAAAAGCGAAGAUCAAGGUGGAAGGAUCUUUCAAUUGAGGAAAUGAGCAAACAACUCGCAAAAGAGGAAACUCGUAACUAUAGGAAACAACUUACUUCUGCAGUAGAAGCAGCGUUGGACAGGAAAUAUGAGUGCUAUCUACAGAAGUUAUUAGAUCGGGAGGCUGGAAAAGGAAGGAAUACUAUAAGAGGAGCUCAGAAAGCAGCACAACAACAGGUACAAAGAAGGGAGCCAAAGGAAAAAAAGGAAGAAGUAAAAGAAGGUUUAAAGGAGGAAGUAAAAGAAGAAGUGAAAGAAGAAGUAAAGGAGGAAGUGAAAGAAGAAGUAAAGGAGGAAGUGAAAGAAGAAGUAAAAGAAGAAGUGAAAGAAGAAGUAAAAGAAGAAGUGAAAGAGGAAGUAAAAGAAGAAAUAAAAGAAGAAGUAAAAGAAGAAAUAAAGGAAGAAGUAAAAGAAGAAGUAAAAGAAGAAGUAAAGGAAGAAGUAAAGGAUGAACUGAAAGAAGAAAUAAAGGAAGAAGUAAAAGAAGAAGUAAAGGAAAAAGUUGAAAGGGAAGGAAUUCCUGAAGAAUUGGAAGAAUACUUAAGAUUGUGGAAGCUCCAGAUGCAAGGAAAAAAUCUCCUGAGAAAAAAGCAUUUGUUGAAAAAUAAUUUUCUACUGAAUUAG